UGUUGUUUUUUGUUAAAGUGAAACAAGAUCUUAAGUGGAUUUAAAGUUACGAGUGGAGUGAAGCCAAAUUCAAGAGCUAUUUGAAGAGAAUUUGGAAAUUCUUCUUAUGGUUCAUUAAAAGUGUGGCAGAACUUUGGCACGAAAACACAACUAAAACGACGACAACAACAACAGUCAUCAAAGAGUCAACAUAGAGGCAAACCCUCAACGACCUGUAAUAUUGUUAUUUCGACUUUUGUGCGGGUAAUUUCCUUAAAGUUGCUUUUGCCGGGUUUUAAUUUGGUCUACGCCUGAGCAUGUGCUGUGGCAUUGGCCACUGGCAAACGCUUGUCAUUCGAAAGUUGCCUCUGCGUGACAUACAUUUCAUGCGCAUUAGUCGACAAACUUAGAAGCUGGAACUGGAGUUGCUUGGCUUUGAAGUUGGACCAGGAGCUGGAGCUGGUGUUGCAGUCCCACUGAACCCCAAAAUACAUACAUACAUACAUAUAUAGGAGAGAUACACUGAACCCGUUGCAUUAUUCAUGCACGUCGGCUGCCAAAGAGGAGGAAGCAAGAGACGCAGAGACGCAACAAGACAAACGACAACCAAAAUGACGCUGCAUUUAGUCAGCAUUAUUAUAUCGGUGGCAUUAUUUUUACUACUAUGGCCCGCACAGUUGGAUGCCUACAUAACCACACAGAAUACAGGUUGUCAUCAUAAUGGCACAUGGUUUGCUGACAAGUCGGUGGUGCCCAGCAUGGAGAAGUGCCUGAACUGUCAAUGCAAUCGCAAGACUUUGGUUUGUCGUCUCAAAGUGUGCCCAGAAAUGCCCAUGCCGCCUCCCCGGGGUUGUGUGGUAGUGCAAAAGAAGAGUACUUGCUGCCCUUAUCUGUCCUGUGCUCGUCUCGAUGCAUUCUAUAAAAUACCCACAAAACGACGUAUUAUUGCCUAUUUGGAUCACUAUGAAAGGGAAUCCAUUGAUCGAGUGGUUAACGAUAAUAUGCUGCAAAGAAGAUCCGAUGAUUCCGAUGUGGAUUUAUUUGUUUGCGUGAAAAAUGGAACUGUCUAUAAAUCGGGAUCAGCAAUGUCUUCAUCGAACUUGUGCAGCUAUUGCUAUUGUAUAGGUGGCACUGAGAAAUGUGUGAAACCAAAAUGCAUGCUGCCCGUGGAUGGUUGUAAACCCAUUUUUGUGGACUCUACUUGCUGCCCCGUGCGCUAUGAUUGCUCAAGUAAAACAUCUGGCAAAUCAUCUCAAGAGGUUCGCUAUAGGAAAACCUCCAAUAAGCAUUUCCAGCGAAUGUCUCAACGGCUGCAACGUAAUCGAGGCUGCACUGUGGGCUCCCAGUUCUAUGUGGAGGGCCAGAAAAUGCCUUCCGAUAAGGAGAGACCGUGUGACAUUUGCUUUUGCAUAAGAGGUACCAGGCGUUGUGCCCCAAAGAAAUGUUCUCCAGCCCUGAAGAAUUGUAUACCCGUUGUGCCCAAGGGUCAAUGUUGUCCCUCAAGCUACGACUGUGGCAGUCAAAGAGAUUAUCGACGCUCACAGAACUCCAGGCAAUUUAAUCUUUAUAAUCUCUUCUUUGGCAAAGAAGAGCAAGAAGUGGAGGCAGUGGCAAAUGCUGCCCUAAUACCAGAGAAUAAAAUGGCUGAACGUUAUCCCUUGGAUCGGCAUCCCACACAAGGACCCCUUCUGAGUAGUGGAGAUGCUUUAAAAGCCAGCAGUGAGAAGAGCAUAUUGGAUACUCUAAGAGAAGGUCUAGAGUUUAUUGAUGGCAAUAAUAAUAAAAUGUUAAAGGAUAAUCUAGAUUUGGUGGGCACAACUCCCACACCGACCACAGAGAGUUUUUUGGACAUUCUUCUAGGAUCAAGUACAGAGGAAAAGCAAGAAAAGGAGACUAAAUGGACCACAUCAACAAAGAAUUCAGUGAAUUGGAUGGACCUACUACUCGGUCCCGAUGAAGAAGAGGAAACAGUUGGUAAGCCCACAGAGUCAAGCAUCGAACUGGUCACCGCUCCCAUGGGUAACAUAAAGAGAAUCUCUGAAGAUUUUGAUGACCAUUUGGAGAGUGGUGAAAUUGCGGUGGGUGAACUGCCAGCCGAGGCACAACAAAUAGUUUCAGCUCAAGAGGAAAUUGUAACAAGCACUGAUAAAUCGGAACCGAAUCUAUUGAAUGUUUUGUUAGAUGGACUUUCUGGUAUUCUGGAUGAUCCAGCGAAUGAGACUACUGAAAGCUCAAGCACUAGCACCACUUCGACAACAACUACAAGCACCACCACGACUACAGUGAAACCCUCAGUUCGUCCUGCUCCCAUGUUUCGUCCAAUGCAACACACAAGAAUUAAUUCGAAAAUAGCAAAUCUAACAGUCACACCGCCCAAUCGAUUGGAUUUCCAUAGAAGAAAUGUUUCAUCAACUACAACAACUACAACUACAACAACAACAACUACACCCAGACCUACAACAACAGCCACAACUACGACUACAACAACAACUAAAAAACCUAGAACCACUCCAAAGAUAGUAACAAGUACCACUCCAAAACCCAGACCCAAGACAACGAAACGCACCACCACAACAACCACCAAUAAGCCAUCAACUACAACGACAACAACAACGACAACUUUGGCCACCACAGCAAGAACCACCAUAAGAACCACUCAAAAACCAAUUAUUAAAGCCAAACCCAAACCGAAACCAUAUGCCACAUCCAAACCUCUGAUUAUUAAAACCAAUCCCAGCAUUUUGGAAGCUGAACCACUUGAUGAAAGUGCUGAACCCACUUUGCCACCAAGUUUACCCAAUCUGAAGAUUAUACCAUUCUUACCCGCCGAUGCAGUGGACACAAAUCCCACGACCAAUCAAAACUAUUACCCACCCAUGGCUUCUGACAAAAUGGACAUUAAUGUGGAACAAGUUUAUUCACCUAACGAUCAAGCCACCUAUAAAUAUCAAUUCAAAGUGGAAACUCUGCCCGCUGAACAACCUAUCCACCAUGGCCAGUUCGAGGGUAGCGCAAGCUAUGUAAACUAUAAAUUUGAUCAAAAUCAGAUGAGAGUUGGCGGCGUAAUUGGCGAGGUGAUCGAUGAGCCCAGCCAUGGUAAAUUCUCUCCUCCCACUGAGACAGAAGGUGGUUUUGUGCCCAAGGAAUCAUUUUCCAUAGAUGGUGAAGUCCUACAGGAUCAUGUGGGUAGCUAUCAACAGGUUACCCAGCAUCUUAUAGACAUAACAACAGCAGCAAAUGAUACAUCUUCAAUAGAAAUUACCACACCAGAUCCAUUUAAAGAUGUGAUACACACGGAAAGACCACCAAAUCUCGAUAGACUUAUUGAGGAUAAGCAGAAUCAUUCCAGUGAAAGUAUGACAUUUAGCACAUCGCACUCAACGUCGAGUUCAGUAUCCAGCAGCUCAACCUCGAGUACUUCCUCAUCAAGCAGCACAACAAAACAGACGCCAACGAUAGAUAAAAACGAAAUCAAUAAAUUGGAUAAGCUUUUGGAAGAACUACUCGGUGGCAUGGAGGAAUUGUCGACAAGUGUAAGCACUGUGCCGCCAUUUAAAAUGCUACCAACAGCUGCACCAACAACAACAACAAGAACAAUUCCUUCAACAACAACGGCAGCAACUCCCACAACGACAACAGCAGCAGCAGCAGCAGCAAAAACAACAACAUUGUCGACAACAACAGCAAGGCCAACGGCACGUGCCACCAAAAAGGGCAAUAGUAAAACGAAAAAUAAACCGACAGUGGGUGGAACAGGCACCAGGCGACACACAACGCCCAGCAACAGAAACAAAGUCCGUGCCAAAACGACAACAACAGCCAUACCUAAAACCACAGCAAUAUUGACAACAACUACAGCACGAACAACAACAGCAGCCACAGUUCCAUCCACCAGGAGCACAACAGUGCAUCCAUUUUUAAAUUCACCUUUCGACAAAUUGCCUUUCAUGGAUGCCAGUUACGAAGUUCGACAGCAACAACAGCAUCAGAUGGAACUACAGCAGCAGCAGCAGCAGCAGCAACCACAACAAUUCCAUCAUUAUCAGCAUGCCCUGAGCAGCGGCAAUGGCAACAACAGUCCAACAGGUGCAACAAGCAACACAUUCAGCAAUGCUGCAGUUGCUUCUCCAUUUGCUGGUGACAGCGGCAGCAGCAGCAGUGGCAGCAGCAGCAGCACCAGCAGCUUAAUGGAUCCCACGGGUCAAUUAAAAUUAGCUGGCUGCAACAUUUAUGGUCGAAUGUAUCGAGUUGGCCGUAUCAUUGUUGAAUUAUCCAGCCAGUGCCUCGAAUGCAUGUGCACUGAGGUCGGCGUCAAGUGUGGACCAUUAGACUGUUAAUUUAAGACGAAGUAAUCUCAAGAAUUCUGUAUCUUUAUGUGGAAUCUUUGCCCCUGUUUCGCAUCUAAUUUAAAUUAACCAUCUAAUCGAACUAAUCUAAGCAUAAGAUUUAACCAUAAGUUUGUAUUAUAAUUCCAAUUUAAUUUAAGCAG